AUGACCGACAACGCGGCAUCUCGAGACCUGCAAAACAUCAGAGACAUCUUGCAUCCAGAACCUUCGCCGUACGCACUUCAGCCGUAUCACCUUGCCAAAGGGAAGAAGCGGUCGAGACCGCCGGCGAUGCUACGUCCGCUUCCUUCGAACCGAACGUAUGACCCAGCACUUGUCCAAAAUUUAGUGAUCAGCGAAAACAUCGUGCUCGACGCAAUCCUCCGACGUGAAGAUGCACUCGAGCAGACCAAGUCCCUUCUGCACAAUGCACGCCAAUUGCCUGUCCACGACAUUCACAAACUACGGCUACAGUGCUGCAUGGCGACAGUGAACGUUCUCUUGGCAAUUCGAGAUUGGCGGCAACAAUUGGCAGCCAUUCAAUCGUUUGGCCGAAUCUUCCACUGGAACGGAGUCUCGUACAUCCACAAACUGACUACAGAUGUCCCGACAAUCAAGCAAACCCUCGUCGCGACUGAGUCGCCCACCGCCAUGCCAAAUCCAUUCUUCCUUCCGUGCACCCUUGAAAGUUUGCUUGUCCCAAACGCCGAUCGCAUCGACUUUUUGGAUGCCGACACCGCCCAGCGCCUCCACGCUGCCGCCAAGUUCUUGUUUCAUGACACGGAAUUCACCCAACUGUGGAAAGAAUCGACUGCAUUGACCUCGACUCUGCACCGUUCCCCCAUUCGCCAACACGCCAAGUCGACGCACCCUGUCCACCCAUUCGUGGACAAGAUCCACGCCUCUCAGGUCGAAGCUCUCCAGCUCAGCGUGCUCUGGGACACGUCGCCAGGCUUUGGCCGGCUCUGCCAAGCUUUUCUGCACCAUGUUUGUCUUGACAUACGGUGGAACCCCCAACACUUCUUGAACUCGCUGAAGUCCCUUCAAGUGGCCGACGUGAGUUCUUCUGCCGAGAUGGCCCUGGUGGGUCUAUUUUCGAGCCACCCAUCAUGCCAUCCACUGAAUCUGUUCAGAGAUCACGUCACUGCUGCGUACUUGAGUCUCUUUUUGCUCCACCUUACACUCCAGUGCGUCAACCGCAAGCGAUGUCCCCAAGUUUAUGCAAGUGAUGCUCACUGCACGUCGUUGCCCUUCGAAGCAUUCCCAACUCGAACGAUGCGUGCGGUGAUCCGUGGCGCUCUGGUACAAUGUCGACCUUCGUCGAGUGGAAGGGUAGUGAUCACGGUGGCCAGCCCCAGCUACGUGUCGGUUCACUCCAUGACUGCCGAUGACUUCCUCGACAUGACGCAACCUUCAUCAAACACACCUACCGCUACUUUAUGUACUCUGACACCACCCAGUCCAUCAUGCUGGGCGUGGAUUUCUGCCGUCCUCAACCAGCAUUCACUGUGCCAACACCCAGCGCCUCGCGCGGCCUCUGGGGCCGUGUUGGUGGGAGUCGUUCGAGCAGAUGCAGAAGGAUUGCACGGUGUUCGAUUGGGGUCUAUGGACGCCUUCCCCACUACAACAUUGGCUCAAGCAAGAGCAUACAUCGACGCCAAUUACUUCCUCGAGCGUCCAACUCCGUUCCAGUUUUUGUACCGAGGCAGCCAUUGCCCCGUGGGUCAAGAGAAGUUUCGAAGUGUCGUGGAUGGCAUCCACAUGGCAAACGACCCAACGCUAGUCCUGUGUUCGAUAAAGCCACCGUCGACACACUCGAUGCCAGGGCGACGCAAACAUACCAAAGCCGUGCGCAUGGUCGCCCAUCUACUCCACAUUCCGAUCGCCCGGGCGCUCGAAGAACAGCGUGUCCGGGAAGAACAGGCGCGGCUGGACGCGCUAGCUCGACUGCCCCGUCCAAAAACAUCUCUCUGCAUGAUGGUUCAGGUGGACGUCCCGUCCUUGGACCUGUCGCCGCUGCGAAUUCCUAACGACCGGUCGUGGACAGUCGCCCAACUCUUCAGCGAAAUAUCAACCCAGUUGUCAUGCUGCGUCACAGCCGCGACGCACUCGGUCUACGUGUCCGACACUCUCCUGCCAUUGGACACUGUUUUGUCCGAAGCGACGGUCGACCGAUGCACGUUGAGCGUGGUUCAUCGCCGCUUUGACAUUGAUGUCCCUUGUGGCGUGGCGUUGUACGUCGAGCAGCACAGUGACAGAAUCGUCGUCCAGCCACCAGUUCGACUUGAGACGCCGCUAUUUGACCAUUGGGCACUUGCCCCUGGACGAAUCAUCAUGGUUGGAGCGCGGCCAGAUGCGUACACGAUCACAAAGCGCCUUGCUCUGGCAUCGUGGCAAUUGAAUCGUCGAUACGAUGGACCAACCGACUGGCGGUCUCAGUCGACGCUGCACCUGCCAAGGCAGUUGUCCGAUCCGCGGCUCCCAUGGGAAGUACAAGAUCGCUUGGCGUUGUAUGUUGCCCGCCAUCGAACCAAAGUGUCAGGACUUUGGUGCGGUAAGAUCAUGUCCGUGCCGGACGCUCUAAGUCGGCUCCAGACGUCGGAAUACCUCGUCCUGCUGCAUCUUCGUGCUUUGUCCGUCGACUGGUUUGUCGACUUUCUAUACGACACAAUAUGUACGGCAUUUCCCCAUUCGUACGGCAUCACGCCGGUCAAGUUCACGGCAUUCAUCAAGUCUUUCCAUCUCGGGGUGCAGUUGAACGUGGUCACAGCCACUGAAAGCCACAUGCUCUUCAACAGGUACAUUGAUGGCAUAAAACAAGUGGUGCUGCUGAAGCCGCAGUUUCGACGCGCGCUCGAGGACAUCGCCCAUGUCUUUCGUCCACACAUGGACUUGACGUUUCCUUGCGCUGCCAACACCACCGCAAGUACCGAACAUUCCACAAACAUGGACGACGACAAGUUGCUUUUGACCACCAACUUUGUCCUACACCGGUUCUUCUUUGCGCAUGUGCUGUCGCAUGCACCCUUGCCCGUGCAAGACGCCAUAUUUGGUUAUGCUACCGACGUGGCCUUGACCGAACUCAUUCAAGACCACUGCGCGUUGUUGUUUGUCCAGUCCAGGGUCCGGAUGCAAUGGUGGCGGCAAAGGUAA